GGAAAGUUGAAGUUGCGAGGAAAUAAGCUGUCAAAUUACAUUUUGCUUUUGAAAAUUUGCUGAUUUCUCUCAUUAGCCCCUGUUGCAAGCUCUCUGGAGAAUGAUACGGAAGAAGAUGAUGAAGUGGUCGAUUGUUAAGAGAAUCCCCAUCUAUGGAGGCUCAUUUACUUCUAUGAAACAUAUGGUGUUAGCUCCAGUUGAUUUGAGCAGGAGCUGCUCGCUCUCCGGUAUGCACUCCUCGGUAAACACAGGAGAAGAAGAUGAACAAGAACUCUUGAAGAAGAUGGUUGGCCAUAGUGAAAGUGGUUCGAAGAUCAUCAGCAAAAUCGAUUAUAUGGAUCUUGUUGAGAAGUAUACAAGAGAUGGAAAUGUCUCUGCUGCAUAUGACUUAUUGCAGUCCUUACGAGACAAGAACAUAUGCUUGCCUAUUUCGGUUUUCAAGAACCUUCUUGCAGCAUCAGGUGAGCAGAACGAUAUCAGGCUUUCUUGUAGAAUUUUCAGAGAGCUACUGGUCUCGCCAGGUAAGGAACCAGUGAGUUCAGAUUGUUAUCUCAACCUCGCUAGAGCAUUCAUUAACACGGAUGAUUGCAUGCAUUUGAUGACUCUUCUCAAAGAAAUAUCCGAGUCUUCUCUCCCAUGUAGGCUGAUAGUACUGAACAGAAUUAUUCUUGCACUUGCUGAAUCUAGACAGAUCGAUAAGGUUCUUAUGAUACUUCAGCAGAUGAAAGAGUGGGAAUGUAAACCAGAUGUGAUCACAUACAACUCGGUUUUGGAUAUCUUGGGACGAGCUGGACUAGUGAAUGAGAUGCUGGGUGUAUUGUCAUCCAUGAAGGAAGAUUGCAAUGUAUCCGUAGACAUCAUUACAUACAACACGGUACUGAACGGGAUGAGGAAAGCGUGUAGAUUUGAUAUGUGUUUGGUGAUAUACAACGAAAUGGUUCAGUUUGGUAUAAAGCCUGAUUUGCUUAGCUAUACUGCGGUGAUAGACAGUUUGGGUCGGUCUGGGAACAUAAAGGAAUCGUUGAGGCUUUUCGAUGAGAUGAAACAAAGACAAAUUCGAGCAUCAGUUUAUGUCUACCGAGCACUAAUUGAUUGUCUGAAGAAGUCAGGAGAUUUUCAGAGGGCGUUGCAGCUUUCAGAUGAGUUGAAGAACACUUCUUCAUCAGAUUUGGCAGGUCCACUAGAUUUCAAGAGACACUUGCGGUCACACAAACACUAAAAUAUAGCCUGUUUAAACUGUUUAGAUUGUGUUAGAAAUAUUUAUGAAAUCAAACACAAUUUGUUAUAGUUUAGUUAUGGAUCUAAUUCAAUUUAUAGAA